AUGCCCAUACAACCGAUCGCUCCCUUUAAACGAGUCAGCGGAUCAAACGAAACCCAUCAAACUGUCGUUUAUUCGAACAAACCAGGCGCCAUUAAACUAGGAUUGAAUACCACCGAUCUGAAUAUCACAAACAUUGAGCGUCUGCACACGAGCAUAACGGUGGUUCGGCGGCAAUCCUUGUACGUCUUUCAGCAAAUUGUUGGUUGGAUUUAUUUCCUCUCCUGGACGAUCUCAUUUUAUCCGCAGGUUAUUCUAAACUUCACUCGAAAAAGCGUAACUGGUCUCAGUUUCGAUUUUAUCGCCUUUAAUUUAAUUGGCUUCGCGUGCUACACUGCCUUCAACGCCGGACUUUACUUUGUACCGUACAUUCAGGAACAAUACUUCAGAAACCACCCUCUUGGCGUCAAUCCAGUGCAACUGAAUGACUUGUUCUUUAGCCUCCAUGCUACGGCAAUCGUGUUGGUGCAGAUUGUACAGUGCCUCAUCUACGAAAGAGGCUCACAACGGGUGUCCAAGACGUGCACCGCAACCAUUUGCAUGAUGCUCAUCUUCAUCCUCAUAUCGACGAUUUUGGCUGCUCUGGAUGUGAUCACGUGGCUCACUGCGCUUUACCUCUACUCCUACGUCAAAUUACUCGUCACCUUGAUCAAGUACCUUCCUCAGGUCGCGCUCAAUUGUCGUCGUCGAAGCACCGUUGGCUGGUCGCUUGGCAACGUGGUGUGCGACUUCGUUGGUGGAGUGCUCAGCGUCUUUCAGAUGUUCCUCAUCGCCUACAAUCGAGGUUGGCCAUGUUGGGUCGAUUGCAUCACCUCCUACGUCUGCGUUCCUCAGCGAUCUUCCAAGGCACCGCAAACUAUCGGACACGCAUCUUUCGAUGUUGGCACAGUUCCGUGUUGUGAAGUAAAAUUAUUUUACACCUGGCUGGCUGGCUGGCUGGCCGGAGCCAACGCACACGAGUUCAUAAUCGUCUUUGCGAACGAUCAAAUCGUUGGCGAUGUGCCAAGGCGUUCGGCCAAUCUGGUGUGCCACCCAGACAACGUCCGCGCCCUGCCCCCCCGUCCAUCCACACCCUUCCUGAUGGGGACUGAUUGGGUCACACCUUCAGCUGGACAACUCGUUUUGCUCUCCUUUAUCGGCCGUCGUGUUGUCUUCUGUCCACCAGAUGACUGGACAAGCGUCAUCGGAUCUCCCACGAAACUGAUCUUAGGACUGAUCUCCGUAGGGUUCGACUGCAUCUUCUUCGGCCAGCACCACUGCUACGGAUCAUCCGGCGACGUGGUGCAGGUGGACGACGACGGCGUGGAAGAAUCAGCCGGACUCGUAGGCGACUCGAAUCAGGCAUCGCAGGCUUCAUCUCGUGAUUCAGUCCCUGCUUAG